AUGAACCGUUUCCCCAGUGUUCCGUUUGGAGCCUUUUGGCUCUGGUUACGGCGGCUUGGAAAUUCAAUAUAUUCGGCGCUUAUUCUUCGGCUGUAUUGGCAAUUCAGGCCUUCCCCGAUUAAGCGGGAUGGAAUUUUGGGCUUGAUUGGAAACACGCCGAUGAUUGAAUUGAUUUCGCUCUCAAACAUUACGGGCUGCCGCAUUUUGGCAAAGUUGGAGUACAUGAACCCGAGUGGAUCGCCAAAGGACAGAAUUGUGAUGCACUUUUUCAAUAAUCUUGUUAAGGAUAGGAUCCUUUCUCCGCCUGGAUCUUCUCCUGAAGCCAUGAAUAGAAAUACAAGCGUAGAAAUAGUUGAGGGAUCGACAGGGUCCACAGGCAUCUCUUUGGCGUGCAUUUCUCGGAAAUUUAACUCGAAAUGCACCAUUUUCAUGCCGUCAGAUCAAUCCCCAGAAAAGCAAAAGUGGAUGCGGCUUUUUGGAGCCAGAGUCGUGGUAACGCCUCCUGCUUCUUUUAUCGAUCCCGAGCACUAUUCAAAGCAAGCAGAAAGCUAUGCGAAACUUCCGUCGCAGACAACCCGAAUUUUCUUUGACCAGUUUGAAAAUUUAAACAACAACGUCACUGCUAACUAUGAAUCAACAGCACCCGAGAUCUGGUCCCAGGCGGCCGGUAAUAUAUCGGCAAUUGUGUUUUCUGCCGGGGGUUCCGGAACCGUGGUCGGUGUUUCCAAGUACUUAAAGGAGCAAAGGCCAGAUAUAAAGGUCUUUUUGGCCGGUCCCCAACAUUCUGGGGUACAUUCGUGCGUCAACACUGGCGUCUCUUUCCCUUCAGAGGGGCAGGAAGGAGCCCGAAGUAAACAUCAAGUAGGCUCCGCUGUGCAGGAUGUGGAGAUUAACAGGCUGGGCUCAAUUGUUGCAGAAAUCCCGCGUCUUGUUGACGAUUAUAUAAAGAUCAACGACUCCGAAGUGAUUGAAAUGGCAACCUUUUUGCUCCCUAACGUGUUAGGUUUGUUUGUCGGGUCAUCUUCAGCACUCAAUCUAGCUGCUGUUGUCAAAGCAGCACGAAAGCUACCAAAGGGGUCCGUCAUUGUCACCAUCUUGUCAGACUCUGGCUAUGGUCGUUGGUCACCCCCUUCAAAUGAUGAAUCGAAAUUCCAGCCAAAAUAG